GCUGAGCGAUCCCCGGCUCCCCUUCCUGUGGUCCCGCGGGUCCCCGGCCGCCCACGCUGGCUCCUGGUGCAGCGAGACCCUCGUCUCGCCCCUUCCCAGCCCGGCCUCAGUGUGCCCGCGGCCCUGGGCAGCCGUGCAGACACGAGGCGAGCUGCUCCGCUCCGCAAGGGGCAGACACCGGGCACUGGACCAGGAGCAGCGCCUCAUGCCUUGAAGACGACCCGGGCCCCGGCUGUUGGAGCAGGUCUCGCACUCGGGGGCACGGCACGCUCCCCGGGGGAUGCGAGGUUGAUCUGACCGGGCGGGGGUCCUGCCGCCUGGCCCGGGGGCUCGCGGGCGGCGCUGGCCCGGCUGCACCUGCCUCUUCCCGCCCCGCCAAAGCAGCUGAGCCCAGCAGAUUUGUUGUGGUUUGUUGGGUGGGGUGUUUUUUUUUUUUGCCCUGUCGAUUCCUGUUAUUCCCACCCCCAUGUGACAGGAUGCGUCCUUAUCGCUCCGAGCCCAGCGCUUUCCCCGGCCCCGCAGCCCUUCACAGUCCGCCGGUUGCCGGGCCAGCGUGAGCCGCGAUGCCCGCCGUCUCCCUGCUCCUGCUCCUGCUCGGGCUGGUGCCCGCGGCUCUUCCGCAGCUGGAUACAAGUACGUUUUUAAUAUAUAAUGAGGAUCACAAGCGUUGUGUAUUAGCUCAAAGUUCUAGCUCAGUGAUAACCGCCCCUUGCAAUCAGGAGAAUGAGUCCCAAAAAUUCAGGUGGGUUUCUGAUUACCAUCUUAUGAGCAUGACAUUGAAAUUAUGCUUGGGCGUACCUUCAAAGAAAGACUGGGUUCGAAUCACUCUGUAUCCUUGUGACAAGACAAGUGAACUUCAGAAAUGGGAAUGCAGAAAUGAGACCCUUUUCGCAAUCCAAGGAGAAGAUUUAUUUUUCAACUAUGGCAACAAACAGGAAAAGAAUAUUAUGCUUUACAAGGGAUCAGGUCUGUGGAGUAGGUGGAAGAUUUAUGGAACCACAGAUGAUUUGUGUUCUCGGGGCUAUGAAGAUCUCUUUUCACUACUGGGCAAUGCCAAUGGAGCACCCUGUGUAUUCCCUUUCAAGUUCAAUAACCAAUGGUACGCUGAGUGUACAGAUGUGGGAAGAUCAGAUGGCUGGCUCUGGUGUGGAACAACGUCAGACUUUGAUGUAGACAAAAUGUAUGGAUUUUGUCCACUGAAAUUUAGUGGCAGUGAUACAUUGUGGAAUAUGGAUCUUUUGACAGGAGCCCAUUACCAGAUAAACUCCCAGUCAGCACUAACAUGGCACCAGGCAAGAAAAAGCUGUCAUCAACAGAAUGCAGAGUUAUUAAGUAUCACAGAGUUGCAUGAACAAACGUACCUGGCAGGAUUAACUGGAAGAUUGAGUGCUGCACUCUGGUUUGGUCUUAAUAGUUUGAAUUUCAACAAUGGAUGGCAAUGGAGUGGGGGCAGUCCUUUCAGAUACUUAAACUGGGUCCCAGGAAGCCCUUCUCCAGAGCCGGGAAAAAUCUGUGCAGCAUUAAAUCCAGCAAAAGGUGCAAAAUGGGAAAACCAAGAGUGUAAUCAGAAACUUGGCUACAUUUGUAAAAGAGGAAAUGCCACUUUAGAGUCUUUCAUUAUUCCUUCAGAGACUGAUAUGCCUAUUAUGUGUCCUACUCAAUGGAUGUCAUAUGCGGGUCACUGUUACCUAAUUCACAAAGACCUCAAAAUAUGGAAAGAUGCCCUAACUUUUUGUAGGAAGGAGGAUGGAGAUUUGGCGAGUAUCCAUAAUGUUGAAGAGUACAGCUUUAUUGUUUCUCAACUUGGGUACCAGCCAAAGGAUGAGCUGUGGAUUGGACUGAAUGACAAUAAGGUUCAAAUGUAUUUUGAAUGGAGUGAUGGCAGUCCUGUGACGUACACUAAAUGGUUGCGUGGAGAACCAACCCAUGCAAACAAUAGGCAAGAAGAUUGUGUUGUCAUGAAAGGGAAGGAUGGGUAUUGGGCAGAUCACGCAUGUGAAAAAAAACUUGGAUACAUUUGUAAAAGGAAACCUUUGGGAGAAGCUCCAAAGGAAGAGGAGAUUGUUGAAGAAGGCUGCCAGAGAGGCUGGAAAAGACAUGGUUUUUAUUGUUACCUGAUUGGAAGUACAUUUGCAUCGUUUCCUGAAGCUAAUCAGACCUGUGGAAGAAACCAGGCUAAUCUAGCUAGUGUUGAAGACAGAUAUGAACAAGCCUAUCUGACUAGUUUGAUUGGGUUAAGGCCUGAAAAAUAUUUUUGGAUUGGCCUUUCAGAUAUACAAGAAAAAGGGACUUUCAAGUGGACAAGUGGUGAAUCUGUCUUAUUCACCCACUGGAAUUCAGAAAUGCCUGGAAGAAAGCCUGGUUGUGUUGCUAUGAGAACUGGAAUUACAGGUGGAUUAUGGGAUGUUAUAAAAUGUGAAGAAAAGGCAAAAUUUCUCUGCAAGCAGUGGGCUGAGGGAGUGACGCCUCCACCUGUACCUACUACAACUCCUGUCCCCACAUGCCCUGGUGGUUGGGAUUCAAACAAUCGCAUCAGCUUCUGUUUCAAACCUUACUCAAGAGAACAAAAGAAAACCUGGUUUGAAUCUCGAGAUUUUUGUAGAGCUAUAGGAGGAGAUCUGGCCACGGUUAACGGUAAAGAAGAACAGUAUGCAAUAUGGCGCUCUAUAGCAAACAGUGGACUCUAUCAUCAAAAUUUCUGGAUUGGUUUAUUUUACUUGAAUCCUGAUGAUGGAUUUUCGUGGAGUGAUGGUUUUCCAGUGAGGUAUGAAAACUGGGCCUUUGGAGAGCCAAAUAAUUAUCAAGGAGUUGAACUUUGUGUGGAGCUUACUGGAGAUUCUAGCAUGCUAUGGAAUGACAGGCAUUGUGAUUAUUUACAUGCCUGGAUUUGUCAAAUAAAAAAAGGAGCAACAGUAAAACCUGAACCAACGGAAUCUCCUGCUCCCAAAUAUAAGGUUACUAGUGAUGGAUGGAUUAUAAAUAAAGACAAGCAGUACUAUUUCAGCACGGACAGUGUUCCUAUGGAAAAAGGUCGGGAAUUCUGCAAGAAGAAUUUUGGUGAUCUUGCUGUCGUUGAUGAUGAAACUGAAAGGAAGUUUCUGUGGCGAUAUAUCUUGAAAAAUGGCAAAGAGGAUGCAUAUUUCAUUGGAUUACAACUGAGUGUUGAUCAACGAGCUAGCUGGAUGGAUGGAACCCCAGUGACUUUUUUAGCUUGGGCACCACAUGAGCCCAACUUUGCAAACAAUGAUGAAAACUGCGUAGUUAUGUAUAAAAACUUAGGAUUUUGGAAUGAUAUAAACUGUGGAUAUCCAAAUCCUUAUGUAUGUGAAAGACACAACAGUUCCAUUAAUGUGACUGUUCCUCCAACAACACUUUAUCCUAUGACAGGAUGUCAAGAAAAUUGGCUUUUGUAUAAGAAUAAGUGUUACAGAAUGUUUGGCUCUAAAGAAGAUGAGCGUAAAAGCUGGCAUGCUGCGAGGAAAGCUUGCAUGGAUUUAGGAGGAAAUCUGGCUACCAUACCUAAUGGAGAAGUGCAAGCUUUCCUCAUCUUUCAUUUAAAGGAUUCUGUAACUGACACAUGGAUUGGUUUAAAUGAUAUAAACCAUGAACUCAGGUUCCUUUGGACUGAUGGAACUGGAGUAUACUAUACAAACUGGGCGAAUGGCUUUCCAUCUGGACAGCUGGAUUUAUACUCAUAUGAUAGCCAGGCUGACUGCGUUGUCAUGAGAAAUAAACCUAUAAAGGAGGCUGGGAAAUGGGUGGAUGAAAGCUGUGACAACAACAGAGGCUAUAUGUGCCAAAGUAAUACAGAGCCUAAGUUGUUCCCUUCACCAACAUCACUGCCACCAAAAUUUGUCCUUUUUGGUAACAGCAGUUAUUCCUUGAUCCAUUUGCCAAUGAAAUGGGAGGAUGCCCAAAAAUUCUGUAGAAGUGAUCUCUCAGACCUUGCCAGCAUCUUGGAUCCAUACAGUCAUUCAUAUUUGUGGCUACAGAUAUUAAAGUAUGGGCAGCGUAUAUGGAUUGGUCUUAAUAGCAAUAUGACGGAGGGCCAUUAUGAAUGGAUUGAUAACUGGAAAAUGAAGUAUACUAAGUGGGCAGAAGGGGAGCCAAAGCAAAAAAUAGCUUGUGUCUAUUUGGAUCUUGAUGGAGCCUGGAAGACAGGAUUUUGUAAUGAAAGCUACUUCUUUGUAUGUAAAAGGUCUAAUGUGAAGGCCCCCACUGAUCCUCCACAACUUCCAGGAACGUGUCCUGAAACAGAAGAACGUCGAUCUUGGAUCCCAUUCCGUGGCCAUUGUUACUACUUUGAGUCAUCACUUACUCGAAACUGGGCCCAGGCGUCCUUAGAAUGUCUCCGAUUAGGUGCUGCUUUAGUUUCAGUAGAAGAUUCAGCUGAAGUCGACUUUCUGGCACACAACAUAGAGCCUCUUGAAAGAAAAUCAUCAACUUUUUGGACAGGAAUGUACAGGAACGUGGAUGGUCAGUGGUUGUGGUUAGACAACACUGCAGUGGAUUUUGUCAACUGGAAUGUAGGAGAACCUUCAAGCCAACAAAAUGAGCACUGUGUUGAAAUGUAUGCAAACUCUGGGCUCUGGAAUAAUAUUUAUUGCUCUUCCUAUAAAGGAUACAUUUGUAAAAGAUCCAAAAUUGUUGAAAUGAAAGCAACAGAGAAGCCACCAGACCAAAAGGCAGUAAAAAAAGGGAACGACAUGAAGAAUGAGGUUCAUGCACCUUCUCACAACUCUGCUGGGAUUGUAGCUAUUGUGGUGAUUCUUAUCCUAUUAGGAGCUGGCCUUGCAGGCUAUUUCUUCUACAGGAAGAGAAACAACCACCUAUCAACAAAUGACAGCUUUGAGAACAACUUGUAUUUUAAUAGUGAAACGGUUCCUGGGACUAGUGACACAAAGGACCUUGUGACCAAUAUUGAACAGAAUGAACAUGUUGCUCUCUAGUGUAAUAAAAUAAAGAUGUGCCUUGUUUUAAUAAAACUAUGCAACUGGAAUUAAGCCAAAGCUAUUUUCUGCUGAGCAAAUAUUAUAGUAGUCAGGUUUUUUGGCUCUGUAUUCUUUUUACGUAGCAUCUGCAGUUCCUUUGUUUCAUAAUCAUGUUAUAUUUGUGUAAGAUUCCAGAUGUAGCCAAACAAAAGCAGGUCUUGUGAAAAGAUAAAGUGCUGCUGAGUUAUUAAAUGAAACAAACAGAUGCACUUAACAUAUACAUUUUAAAUUAUGUGGCCAAUGAGAGUAAGUCUUCAAGAUUUUACCAGACCUGUAUCAUCCAUCAGACAUAUAUAACCAUCAGCUAUAAAGUCUGUCUAGCCCAUGUCAUUCAAAAUUGCUCUGUAAAGAACCUGCCUGAUUCUAAUAUCUUGCAAAUAUUCCUGGAAACCUCACUACAGGCUUUGACAUUUGUUAAUUGAUGGGGUCAUAUUUAAAUACAGUCUGUUUGAAAAACAAAACCAAAGAAACAGCCUCAGGGUCUUGUUACAUGGUAAUUUUGGGAGGCUCCUGGAGCUCUUAACCCUUCGAUUGUCCACCUAUUAACACCUAAAACUAGUUUUAAGCAUUCACUAGGCAGCUCAAAGUUAUGUCACUCCAGGGCAACAUUAUCUCUGAUCUGUAUUACCCAGCUCAUGUUACACUAAGGUGUAGCCAUUCUUAGUGUGACCAUACCACCUACCCCCCCCCCCUCCCGCUGGCCCUCACUUUACCCGUGGUUGUCUUCACUGUCUGUCCUGGGGGAGCAGACAGGGAAGGGUUAAUCUGCCUGCCGAGCCACGGCUGCCACUCUCUGGGCCAGAAGAGCAGCAGCGUGGCAGCCAGCUAGGCAGGCAGGUUAACCUGUUGCCCUGGGACAGAGACUGUGGACAGCUACAAGUAAGCAGGUGGUGGGGUCAUGGGAACCCCAAGGGGUUACCUUACCUUUCAGUCCUCCAGAGCCCUGCUGGCCUGAAGUGUGACUCAAGCUAGCACCAGCACAAUCAGCAUUAGUGCAGUUCAGUGUAAGGUGUAACAAGGCCCUCACUGCUAUAUUGUUUCAAUUCCUAUAAUAGGUUUCAGAGUUCUCAGCUGUAGUGCAUGUGCUCACCGGAGUGUGGAAAGGGUGUGCGUGGCAUGCCCUAUUAGCUUUGCUAAUGACCACUAAGUGGGUUUGUGUGGGUGAGGCAAUGAUAGUGAGGCCAUGGCAACAUGUUUCUGUGUACCAGAGUAGCUGUUGCUGGGUAAAGUACAGUGGCCAUAUAUAUCCUAUGGCUGUAAUGGGGGUGUGCAGUUAUCUCACUGUGCUUCUUGCAAGAUACUGUGAUGUAGAGAUACUCUCUCUCAUUCACACACUCUAUUUCCCUCUAUGUGUGCAUGUGUGUGUCUCUCUCUGUCUCUGUCUGUUUUCUCUAACACAAUUUAGUCUCAUAAAAGAAAGAAUACUUUAAUUUUGUUAAUACACCAGACAUUCUUUUUACUCAAAUAAUUUAGCUUCCAUCUUUGUAUGUUUAAACAGUGAACAGUUUGGAAAUCUUAGCAUCUCAUAUGAGUUUUUAUAAUCUGAUUUUUUGUAAAUCUUGUAAAAUGUAAAUCAUGUGGGAAUUAAAAUAUUUUCCUUGGCCAGAUAUGAAAGUGUAAAAGGAAAAUGAAAAAAAAAAAUUAUACAUGCAUUCAAUUUUUGUUCUGUGAAAUAAACAAUAAUAGAUUGUAAUUUUAUCAGUUUUGCAUGUUUAUAGAAUUGUAUGUAAAACUCAAUGGCCAGGUACAGGUAUUAUGCUUCUACUGGGAGAAUCAUCACUCUCUUCCAGUAGAAAUCUUGAGCAUUCAAAAUGUUCACUUUCUGUAAGAGCAAAAUGCUGGUUCUUGGAGAAAAAGAACUCAUCUUCAACCCAGGGGAGAGCGAAUGCCUGUACACUUAGACUGUCACUUUCAACCUAGCAGGAAAAAUGACAUUAUAUGAUAUUGAUAUGGAGCCAUGCCAACUGUGUGUUCUGUUCAUAUUUUAUCUUUGUUGUGAAUCUUAUGGUGUACUGGAUGAAUCUCAGGAACCAUUCAGUGUUAUGGCCAGUUGAUGUGUUUGUAGCAGCACUCUUUGGUCAUAUGGUGUUUCAACUUCUUUUAAGUAGCGUGUCUUUCUUAUAGAACAGAGAGAUUCUGGAAUUUGCAAAAAUAAAUUUGCAGAUGUAAACAGGAA